CUUCGGAUCAACCGACUGCAGUGAUGUGGAAAUUUUUCAGUGUCAUCGCGAUAUUAGUUUCACUCCCACUUUCCAGUAUAACUAUAAGCUCAUCCAUUGGUGCAGACUUGAAUAAUGCACACCCACUCCGCAUCCCUUUGGAAAAGAAGCUGUUUGUGAGGGGUGGCGAUGGGAUCUUCAAUUUCACUGCCGCUCAAUUGUCACAUCAGCAUACGCUUAGAAAAUAUCGGGGCACUUGUGAGAAAUACAAACACGCCCGAAGCUUUUGGCCCAGCCUAUCCAAAUUCUCAAGGCCAUACCGUCAUCAUAGGCGCCAAAUUGAAAGGUUAACUAAUCAAGGCAAUCAGAGGGGUCGGGAGAUUUUUGGGUUCCGUCAAUCGAUUGCAAAGAUAACCCAUGCGGCUCUAAGAAUAUUUAUAAUGCAUCUGCAAGCAGCACAUCUACAAGACUUCCGGAUUCAUUUAAGGUUAAUUUUUGGUUCUUGGCUUUGGAGGGCUGGUAUAGAUGGAGAUGGAUCAACUACAUCAGGAAACCAAUACAGAGAUUCGGUCAAAUUGGCAGGAAUCACCAUUGCCAACCAGACCUUCGCCGGUGUAUCGAAGCUGAGCGACGAAUUUCAACACGACCCAACAGAUGGCGUAUUAGGUCUAGCCUAUCCCGCAAUCUCUCAUUUGAAGUCGCCUUCGUUCAUUGAAAACGCAUUUAAUCAAGGAUUGAUACCAUCCAAGACGUUUUCUUUCAAAUUAGCCAACGAAGGUGGUGAGCUAUAUUUGGGGGGAGUGAAUCCAUCCAGGUUUGUAGGUACACUAGAAGCACAUCCAGUUAUACGACAGGCAUAUUGGGAGAUUGGUAAUGGAAGUGUCAAUGUUAAUAGCAUCAACAUCAGUCAAAAUGGCCGAAUGAUUCUUGAUAGUGGCACAACGAUUAUAUAUGGACCAAAGCUAGCUGUGGAAAAACUAUACUCUUCGGUCGACGGAGCAAAGAAAUACGAGAAACGGGAUGGCCUUUGGAAAUUCCCUUGCGUGAGCGCACCAUCGGUUUCUUUCAGCUGGAACGGUGGUGGGCAAUGGGCAAUAGACCCGAAACGAAUGUCACUAGGUAAAGUGGAGGCUAACUCAGCCGAAUGCAUCGGUGCUAUCUCGAGUCAAGCUGUCGGCCUGAAUGAUUCCUGGCUACUGGGCGAUACAUUCAUGUCUAAUGUUUACAGCGUCUUUAACCCAGUCGGGGGUGGAACUGUUUCAUUCGCCACACCGGUAUAG